ACGGGUGAGGCGGUCUAGUGGUCGUACUAUCAGCCAGUGCUAGUGGUUGACCGUUUCGCCUUUCUGUUUCUCGGCUGGAAAUGCAUUCCCUGGCGUGUAAGUGAACCCUGACCACUUUCCUUCUAAAAAGUUCGGCUUUGUUUUGUUGUGUGAGUCCACACACUGGUGAUACUGUUCGGGAUUGCACGGUUCCACCGGAAUCAACGGACCGAAGAUGCCGAACGCAAAUCAGGCAGUGGCAAAACAGCCACCGUCCAUCGACGAGAUGUACCAACAGCAAAACUUCUACAUCGGCCUCGCACUCGCCCUCUCCAGCAGUCUGUUCAUUGGGUCGAGCUUUAUAAUUAAAAAAAUUGGUCUGCUCCGGUUGUCGCGCGUCGGUUCGGUGCGCGCCAGUGCCGGAGGAUUCGGUUACCUGCGCGACUGGAUCUGGUGGGCCGGCCUUAUCUGCAUGGGUGUCGGAGAGGCCGCAAACUUUGCAGCGUACGCGUUCGCACCGGCCUCACUCGUGACGCCGCUCGGGGCCCUCAGCGUCAUCGUGGCCGCCGUAUUGGCUUCCAAAUUCCUCAAGGAGCGGCUUAAUCUGCUGGGAAAACUCGGCUGCUUCCUGUGUCUCGUCGGUUCCACCAUUAUCGUAAUUCACUCGCCGAAAGAGGGUGAAGUGGAAGAUCUGAAUCUGUUGAUGGACAUGUUGCAAGAGCCAACCUUCAUCACCUACACCGUGCUCAUCCUGUCCCUGGCGCUGUUCAUCGGUUGCUGCUGCGGACCACGGUACGGUCAUAAGCACGUGGUCGUUUAUAUUCUACUCUGCUCCGCCAUCGGCAGCCUUACGGUGAUGUCGUGUAAGGCACUGGGCCUUGCGCUGCGUGAUACCAUUUCCGGCAAAUCGAACGAUUUCGGAAUGUGGUUGCCGUACUUCCUGAUCUGCGUGACGGUGGUCUUUGUGGCCGUGCAGGUCAACUAUCUCAACAAAGCGCUCGACAUCUUCAACACGAGCAUCGUGACACCGAUCUACUACGUGAUCUUUACGACGCUUGUCAUCACCGCGUCGGCGAUCCUGUUCAAGGAGUGGCGUCACAUGCGCCCGGAAGACAUCAUCGGCGAUCUGUGCGGGUUUUUCGUCGUGAUCGUCGCCGUCAUACUGCUGAAUGCGUUCCGCGAGUUGGACGUUAGUCUCAGCGACGUGAAAGGUAUUAUGCGACCGAAGCGGGAGCUGCUGGUCCACAAGAAUGGUUCGUCGUACGGGGGCGACGAAGACGAACGGGGGCCACUGAAGCAGCAGUACGGAGGGACGAACUAUUUAAAUGUGUAGCAGCCAUGCAGCAGAGGGAUGAAGGCCAGGUUUUCUAGGACUUUUAGGAGACACUUUUUGUUCCUCAGGAGAUGGUUGACGGGUAGGUUAUUUAACGGACGCGGGUUCGGCCGGAUGUCGGGGAUGAUUUGAGAUUAGCUAGGGCGUGAAAUGAGACCAAAGUGUGGCCAGAAGGGCGUAAGGGCAGCAAAGCAAGGCACUGGAAUCUGACCAUAGAAACAUAGACAUAUAUUAACGGUAGCAUUUUAGGCCAAAACGGUUACAAAACUGACAGGGAUUUUUGUUACUAGUUAAGAACGAGGAGCAUCGGUUCCUUAUGAGAUCCAUUCUGUCUUUCAAAAUCGUUUGCACCGAUAAAAAGAUUUUUUCUAAAUGAUACAAUAAAUGAA